AUUUAUUCUUAUGUAUCACUUCAUUUUGACAGAAAGAAGUUGGGCGUAAAAAAGUUUGGAAAACAUUUAAUUUACUAAGAUAUUACAGGAGUGAAUCAUUGAUAUGUUGAUAUGCCUAGAGUAAUCAGGUUUAAAUGGAUUAGCUUCUGACAUCCGCUGAUUAACCACAACAUGAUAUGAUGUGAUAGGUGGGUUAAGAUAAUGUCCACAGUGGAGAAGGCAGGCUCUGAUGAGUCUGCCACCACUACAACAAUAGAAACCGUACCCCACCCACCAGAUGACAGCAGUGUGACCAAGUCUGAAAAAACCUCAAAAGCAGCUGACACAAUUGGAAACCAGUCUGUACCAGAAACUACCCAGAAUGCUCAGACAGCAGCAAAAGGGACAUGUGGUGGUCAGGAAGAGAAAGGAGGAGGGACUGAAGUACUACACCCAUCAGAUCUAGAACUGCUUGCUAAAUUAGAAGAAGCUAAUAGGCAGAUAGCUCUGAGUCCCUCCUCUGUGAUUACCACCGACCCUACAGAACUUGAACUCAUUGCCAAACUAGAAGAGGCUAACAGGUUGCUUGAAGCAGAUAAGAAGGGUAUUACGCCCUCUCACUCAAGGAACGGAUCGUCGACCGGACUGGCUGGAAAUGGUCACUCACGGAAAGGUUCCUCAACUAGUCAGAUUUCAACAAACUCAAGUACCAGUCAGCAUGUAGAAGAAGAUUCAGGAAACUCUGGCAAUUUGUGGGAGAUCUGGGGCAAGUUGGUCAAUGACUGGGCCAGUGCAAAGAAAAAACCUGCCUUCAUUAAGCAACUUGUAAGAAAGGGCAUUCCUCAUCCAUUUCGGGGCCUGGCUUGGCAAUUGUUGUUAGGAGUUAACCACUCACCGAUGAAGGACAUGUAUGUUGAGUACCUGAAACAGAAGUCACCGAGUGAGAAGAUGAUUCGGCGAGACAUUGCUAGAACGUUUCCGGAACAUGACUUCUUCAAAGAGAAAGAUGGAUUGGGUCAAGAGAGUUUGUUUAAUGUGAUGAAGGCAUACUCACUGCAUGAUAGAGAGGUUGGUUACUGUCAGGGUAGUGGAUUUAUUGUCGGCUUACUUCUUAUGCAGAUGCCUGAGGAGGAGGCCUUUGCAGUGCUUGUGAAAUUAAUGCAAGAUUAUCGACUCCGAGAACUUUUCAAACCCAGUAUGGCAGAGCUGGGUCUCUGCAUGUAUAAACUGGAAUGUCUUAUACAGGAGCUGUUACCUGAUUUAUACACUCAUUUUCAAACCCAGAGCUUUCACACUUCUAUGUAUGCGUCUUCCUGGUUUCUUACACUGUUUGCUACUAAUGUCUCAUUGUCUGUUGCCUGUCGUGUUAUGGAUUUAUUUAUUUCUGAAGGUAUGGAUGUGAUAUUUCGUAUCGGUAUAGCGAUACUUCAGUCUAGUCAACCCCACCUAUUGUCUAUGGAUAUGGAGUGUAUGUUACAGUUCUUCCAGAAAGAUGUCGCCUCACUGUUUCAGAGGGACGAGGAUACCCUCUUUAAUAUGGCUUGUCAGGUCCGCUUUAGUGCCAAAAAAUUUAAGAGAUUAGAGAAAGAAUACACAGCAUUAAAGAGCAAAGAAAACGAAGAUCAAAUUGAACUUCGGAGAUUACGAACUGAAAACAGACUUCUUCGACAACGAAUUGAUAAUUUGGAAAAGGAAUCAGCGUCGCUGGCCGACCGUCUGAUCCAGUACCAGUUGACGCGGGCUCAGGAAGCAGAAGAAACAUACGCCCUCAAGAAUGAACUGUCUCUAACUAAACAAAAAUACUCACUGUCACAAAAACAACUAAAGGAAGCUGAGGCCCUGCUUGGGGAUAUCAAAGAAAGGACUGACAGUAUACACUCUGCCUCAUCGCUAGAUGAGGGUGAGGCCCAGGUUGUAAUACAAGGAUUACAGGAAGAACUCAUCAUGGUACGCUUACGUGAAGCCGAGAACUCAGACACUAUUAAACAGCUUCGAAACAGAAUUGAAGAACUUCAACAGUUAAACACCAGACUUCAGCAGGCUCCAAGUAAUGAUGUUCAGUGUUUACAAGAAGAGCUUAUUGCUGUAAAACUAAGGGAGGCUGAGGCCAACCUCUCACUGAAGGAAAUGAGGCAAACUGUGAGUGACCUCGAGGCUAACUGGCAGAAUCAUCUUGCCAGUGCAGACCCGCAGGCAUCUCCAAAGGAGAAAGGUAGCAAGAGUGAGCUUAAAGCAGAGCUUAAACGGACUCAAGAAGAGCUCAUGACAUCGAAGUUAAGGGAAGCAGGAGCUCUCUCUCAUCUCAAAGAUGCAAAACAAAGAAUUAUGGAACUAGAAACAUCUAAUCAGAUUUGCAGCAAUCAGAUAAAGCGUAUGGAUGAAGAGAACAAGAGGUUGAAGGGUGAGAUAGAAGAGCAUUCAAAGUCAGAUGAGGAAUUAAGUAAACAGAUUAAAGGCCUGCUGAGAAAGAUUGAUGACCUUGAAUCCAAGCGUCGAGAAGAGGGUAUGAUGGCUCGAAUACGAGAGGCAGAAAGUGACCAGAUUGUUGGAGAACUAAAACAGAAAAUUGCACAAAUGGAAAUACAGAGAGAAGAGGUGAUAGCAGCAGAUCAAUUAGAAUCCAAGGGAGGUAAACAAGAUUUGGAAAAUACAAUAUAUGACCUGCAAGAAGAAGUGAUGCAAUUAAAAAUGGCUGCCUCUCCGAAGUCGCCCAAUACCUCCGCUUCUUCCUCUAGUGCAAGGUCUGCCAGCAAAGUGGAUGAAGAUGACUUUAAUGAUGAUGAUGACGAUGAUAUUGAAGACCCUGAAAGUCUUAAUAGAACUUUAUCAGAAAUUAUUGAAGGGAAACGCAGUAGUACCAGUCUAAUUGCAAUACUGAACAGAGAUAACUCGGACUGUGAUAGCAUCAAAUCUAGUAGCUCGGAAACAUCUAGUAGCGGACAGAAAGUGGUUAAAAGCAACUCGUUCAAAGGAUCUAAAUCAAGUGAAUUUGAUAGAUUAACUAGUGUGGAAGAAACCAGCAGUGCUGUUGAAGUUAAAUUUGGUGCUGAGAACCAGUCUAAAAGUGGUAUUGGUGAAAACAGUGCAAUAAACCAGUCUAGUUGUGAAAAUAAAUCAGAGACGCAGUCUGUGACUGGUUUGCAGACUAGUGUACAAAGUAAUGAUAAAAAUAGUGCAAUUACCGAGACACAGUCUCAGAAAGAUAUUAAUAAACUUGCUAAUGGUGAAAUAUCAGCAGAAAUGGAUGCAAAUGAAAAUAUAAGUUCAAAAGGGGUGAAACAAAAAACUAUAGAAUGCAAAAAUGACACAAGUCAGCUGGAUGUUUCUGUCUGAUGUAUAACCCACCAAAAUAUUUUGUAUUUAUAUAUGAAGAUGUAAUAACACUGUAAUGACAUUUUUAGCAAAUAAUUUUUAUAAACUCAGUUACAGAUAUUUAAUUUUUUUUUUAAGAGCCAGUACAUGCUGUUAUUGAAUCAUUCGUAGAUGUAGCAGUAAUGCAAUAUAUCUUUACUACUUUUUUCUGUUUCUUUACCAACAUCUUUAUUACAUUUUAUACACUUUGACAAUUGAAAACUACUGUAAAAGCAGAAAUUUUCACGAGGGUUUAAUUUUCGCUAUAUUUGCGAGGCUGUACAUUUCGUGAAAAUUUAUCCUCGCAUAAAUAUUCACCAUUAGUAUAAUUCAAAUUCAAGUAGGAUGCCAUUUUUUACAAUGUCGCAAAUAUUAAACCUUGCGAAUAUAAUCAAAAUGUCAACUUUGCGAAAUUUUGUUCCAGCAAAAAUAAGUGCUUUUACAGUAGUUCAGCGGGCAUUGAAAUUUUGUAGUAAGUGGUCUUGUAUUCAUAUUUCUGUGAUUUUUUUUGGCUUCAAAGCAUACAAAGUCAUAUUAAAGUUGGCAAUAUGUCCCAAUACCUCUUGAAAUGCCAGGUAUCAAUAAAAUGUUAGUGUUUUUAUUUGACUAUCAAAGAUGAAGGUAAUUUUCAGAAGAUACACACUGUUCUGAUAGAGUUACUCUCAGUGGAUUAUAUUUGGUUUAGUACAAUCACAUGUAGACAUUCCUGUAAGCCUAAGAACUAAUCACUUUUUUUCCUUUUGAUAUUUUUUAAUAUUGCAAAUUUUGUACAAUAAUUUGAAUAAAAGUAAUACUGUAUCUUGGUUAAAAGGCUAUAAAAAAUAUCUGUUAAGUUUUACUGUUUUCAAGGCUUUUCAUCCUUAUACAAAAGACUGAGUCUACUAUUCGGCUACUUCCCAAUUGAAAACAAGGUUAUUUAUUCCCAAUUAUAGUAGAGAAACUUUCCAAUCUGUAAAAAAUAUUCAUAUGACAAUUAUAUUUCACAAAUAAGGAAGCUCAUUUAGGAUUAGGAAUCCACCAAAUUUCUUCCUCUUUUUACAGACGUCUUUUGCCAAAGGGAAAAAAGUGUUGGAUCUAAUAAUAUGCUCCUUUUCCAAAAUUUGCAGAUAUUGCAUAUGUGGGAAUAAGCUAGGGCUUCUUCCCAAUUUCCAAUUGAAAGACCUUGGUUUUACAUAUUAUGUUGCUAAAGCAAUUUGUUUAAUUGAAAUUACUGUAAAACAACUGAAAUUUUAUCUGUGCAAUAAACAUAAAUUUGGAUGCUAAAGCCAAAUUUCUUUUUCAUUUUGUCAAGUUAAUACUAUGAUAUUGAUAUUUAUGAGAAAUUAACAACAAACAGCAAAACAGUAGCUUUGAGAUAACACUAGGGCACAUAUACACACCCACACUGAAUAUUUCCUUUUUUUUUUCUUUAAUAAAAGCAAAGCACCACUGAAAAAUACCUUAGUUAAUAGUUUAUUGUAUUAAAAUGAACCAGACAAGCCUCAUGUUGUGCAUGCAAAAAAAGCAAAAAAUAUUAAACCACAAGAAGUUUUGAUGAAAAAAAAACCAAACUGUAACUUCUAAUAUAGAUCUAAUUUGUAGCAUUUCAUUAACCAUUAAAGCUGUACAAUUAAGACUUAUGUAAUUUUUAAAAUUGAGGUUAUUAUAAGUUGCAGCAUGGCUUAAUGGCAGUGGUAUAAGCUCGAGCCAUAAAUUAAUAUCAAGGCCAUUAUAAACCUCAUUAUUUCUGAUUUUUACAAUACUAAACAAUACUUUUUACUAUUUUCACUAUCUAUGUCUGUCUGUUUUUAUAUGUUUUAGCUUUGACACAUUCCCAGUUAGGAGUGAAAGCACAUGGCGUAAUACCUUUAAACACAGUGACUUUAUACUGCAAAUAUAAAAUGGCAAAUUCAAAGCGUUGAUUGCAGAUUUAUGUUGAAAUUGAGAAAACAUUUCAGUAGGUUGAUAAAAACUUUAUGCAUUAUUUUUUUGGCCCGGUUCAAAAUAUUCAGACCUGAAAACUGAGUAAAGCAAAUAAUUGUUUCAGUUUUUGAUAAUUUUGACUUAACUCUGCAGGGAAGCUGCUAUAAAUUCUAUGGCCAGUCGUAUCGAAUGCUCUUGUAACUGGAUUAAAGUAUCUAUUAGUGUUUUUUUAAAGAAUAAAUAAUAUUUCUGACAAGUAAAAUGCUAGCAGUUCCAAUUUUUGACAGAUAUUUGCAAAACAGUCAAAUUUUGUUUAAACAAACUCAGAUGAUCGGAGCACCUCCUUUUACUCUAACUCAUCAUCAGAUCCUGGGAAAAUUGCUUUAUAACAUAUUUUGUUUGAUGGCUCGAACUACUGUUAACUUGAAAAAAAUUUGCAGGUCCCGUCAAGUUUGAGCUAACAAAGUUCGACUGUAUAUUUAAAGGUAGUAGAAAAGUUCUCAGUAGUUGUAUAAAGAAAGUUGUUCAGUAUGUAGUGAGUGUCAGUCCUGUAGUAUUUUUAAGAACUGUAUAUAUCUCUACUGAUGGUAUUUUUAUGCCCCCGAAGGGAGGCAUAUAGUUUUUGAACCGUCUGUCUGUCGGUCUGUCAGUCUGUCGGUCUGUCGGUCUGUCCGCAUUUUUCGUGUCCGGUCCAUAUCUUUGUCAUCGAUGGAUGGAUUUUCAAAUAACUUGGCAUGAAUGUGUACCACAGUAAGACGACGUGUCGCGCGCAAGACCCAGGUCCGUAGCUCAAAGGUCAAGGUCACACUUAGACAUUAAAGGUUAUUGCAUUGAUGGGCGUGUCCGGUCCAUAUCUUUGUCAUCGAUGGAUGGAUUUUCAAAUAACUUGGCAUGAAUGUGUACCACAGUAAGACGACGUGUCGCGCGCAAGACCCAGGUCCGUACCUCAAAGGUCAAGGUCACACUUAGACAUUAAGGGAUAGUGCAUUGAUGGGCGUGUCCGGUCUAUAUCUUUGUCAUCGAUGGAUGGAUUUUCAAAUAACUUGGCAUGAAUGUGUACCACAGUAAGACGACGUGUCGCGUGCAAGACCCAGGUCCGUAUCUCAAAGGUCAAGGUCACACUUAGACAUUAAGGGAUAGUGCAUUGAUGGGCGUGUCCGGUCCAUAUCUUUGUCAUCGAUGGAUGGAUUUUCAAAUAACUUGGCAUGAAUGUGUACCACAGUAAGACGACGUGUCAUGCGCAAGACCCAGGUCCGUAGCUCAAAGGUCAAGGUCACACUUAGAUGUUAAAGGUCUUUUUUCAUGAUAGUGCAUUGAUGGGCGUGUCCGGUCCAUAUCUUUGUCAUUCAUGCAUGGAUUUUAAAAUAACUACGCAUAAAUGUGUGACACAGUAAGACGACGUGUCGCGCGCAAGACCCAGCUCCGUAGGUCAAAGGUCCUAAACUCGAACAUCGGCCAUAACUAUUCAUUUAAAGUGCCAUCGGGGGCAUGUGUCAUCCUAUGGAGACAGCUCUUGUUUUACUAGUGAAUAUGGACAAAAUCCUACUAAAUUUGACCAGGGUGGAUGAAAUAUCUAAUGCUGUUUUAAAUCCAUAAAUUAGUGAUUUCAAAAACAUGUGUAACUUUCAGCUAAACAUGUAAUUUUCAAUGAAUUUUUUUUUUAUAUUCAUGCGUUUUUGUUUUUUUUCAUUUAACAGAAUUGAGGUUUUGUCCGCUUUGAUGAAAAUGGGGAUUUUGUCCUAAAUCCUUUUACUAUCUGUUGUCUUUUCCUUAGUGGCCAAAUAAUGUACAAAGGAAAGAGAGAAUAUUAAUAUAUUUUAUACUUGUUCUGAAAUUGCUAUUUUUGUCAUUUUUCAUGUAAGGACUGUUAAAUUGUGUUUUCUUAUAGAAAUUUGUGAAAUGUAUCAAUAAAUGACCAGAAACCGACCUGUUUAGCGAGACAGAAUACAGAUCUUGGGCAUAAAUGUUGGAUAGCUGGUUAGAAGAAAUAAAGUUUCGAGGGUUUCAAUUAAGGUGGUUCUGCAUGUUUGGAUCAGUUGUUUUUUCUGCAUUGUCGAAUUUGAUUAAAACCCACUUUUACUAAUAUGCACAUUAGACGUAGAAAUUUUUGCAGAUAAAGUUUUUUAGAAAAUUUUGCAGGUAGAAAAUAGAGUUGUAUGCUUAAUAUUUUGCUUGACUGAUUUCAAAAAUUUGGACCUACAGCAAGUUUUCAUAGUGGGAGUCUAUGGAAAAUCACAGUUCCGAUGACAUUUUUGCAAAUAGGAUUUUUCUACAAUGUGGACUUCAAAGAAACUUUACACAGUUGUAAAUAAGGAUACUGUCUAUUACUUGGUCAAAUGAUAAUUUUAGGUCUUAUCAUUAGAAAGUAAUGUUGCUGCCUUGUAAAUGUGCACAUGGGAUGACAUUUAUAUGCAGGAUGAUUUUUCUUUCCUUAUGCCGGGUCUAGGCUUUAUUCAAUAUUUUCCACAUAUAUGAUGUUACACCUUCUCUUAGGUUUAUUAGACAUGCAGAACCACCUUAACUUAAAGUGCCUAACUACAUUUUCUAGAAGAAUAGUGUCAUUAAUAUAGAAGUCAAAAAGAAAAGAGGGGGAUUAUGAUUGGUGCAAUAGAAAUAUUUUUAGUCACAAAAUCUCACUCCAUGACAAGUAUAGAGGUGCAGUCAUUUCAUACUGACAGUUAGCUAUUACUUUAUCAUACUAUAUAUUUUUUAAAGCUACCUGAUAUAUCCAGUGGCAUGGAUUUUCAUUAAAACGCAGUUUACAAAAACACCAUAAAAGGAGACAGACAUGUAUACAUAUUUCACCACCAUAUAUGAAGAUUUAAGGUUUUAUCUCGCUUGACAGGUAGGUUUCUAUAUUGUUUCACAUUGCUAAAGAACCAGUAAUAAAUUGUCACACAAACUUA